AUGGGUUCUAUUCCGGAAAAGACGCUUUUGGACACCUCCAUCGCUACCCAGGCCAACGAUGCCCAGAGGGUAGCACACCUAGCCAACAAUAUCGGCACUCUUGGUACAUCUUUUCUCCUCGACGAUGAAGAGGGUCGUCUUGCCCUUCUGAAGCAGGCCCGGUCACUGCUACAGGCGCUGGAGACCCCAAGAGAGACGAUGAUUAAACAUUGUUGGGCUCAGCCUGCUGUGACCUUCGUCAUUGCGACUGGCAUUGAGUCGGGCCUGUUUCAGUACCUGGCCCAAAACCCUGGUCCGAAGACCGUGGAUCAUCUAGGCAAAGCUCUUCGUUUUGAUAUCGAUGUACUUUCUCGCACACUGCGUCAUCUCUGCUCAAUGGGAUACCUCAAGGAAGUUGGCCCGGAUGAGUACGACGGCACAAACUUCACCAAGUCGCUGAGUUUACCGAUCAUAGCCGGCGGAUAUCCUUGUCUAGAGGGGCCAAUGCAGGAUGUCAUCGGUAAAGAUAACAACUUCUUCAAGCACAUGAUGACCAAUCAUCCCGCCGGAGAAUUCCAGAACCAUAUGGCCGGAUACAGGCAAGGACGCCCUUCCUGGAUGGAUGAUGGAUUUUUCCCUGUUUCAGAGCGCCUUUUCAAAGGCGCAGACAGUUCAUCAGAGGCGGCUUUUCUGGUCGACAUUGGCGGUAGCAUCGGCCACGAUCUAGAAGAAUUCUGUCGAAAGCAUCCCACUGCUCCCGGCCGACACGUCCUCCAAGAUCUUGAAUACGUACUAUCUCAGGUUCAGAAGGUUGACCCUAAGAUUGAGCCCAUGUCGUACGAUUUCCACACAGAGCAGCCCGUCAAAGGCGCAAGAGCCUAUUAUAUGCACUCUGUUUUACACGACUGGACGGAUGAUGUUUGCAGGAGCAUCUUGUCGCGCGUCACUGCGGCAAUGAAACCGGGUUACAGCAAGCUUCUCAUUAAUGAGAAUGUGAUUCCCUCGACGGGGGCCGAUUGGCAGGCCACGGCGCUGGAUAUGAUGAUGAUGACACUCUUUAGUUCCAGGGAGCGAACAGAAGAGCAAUGGCGCAAGCUUCUGGAACCUGCUGGUCUCAAGAUUGCCAAGAUUUGGUCAGCGGGUGAAGGCGUAGAGAGCUUGAUCGAGUACCAGUCUGCGCGAGCUCAGCUUUCCCCCGCGACUAUGUUCACCUCAAUCCGAGUUGCCGCCUGCCACGUCUCGCCUAUUUUCCUCUCCGCGCGACGCACAACCGAAAAGGCAAUCUCCCUCAUUGACCAAGCAUCCAGGAACAAAGCAAACCUCGUUGUCUUCCCAGAGACCUACAUCCCAGCGUUCCCUAUCUGGUCCUCCCUGCGCGCCCCCUUUGAGAACCAUGACCUCUUCAAGUCCAUGGUGCAGGAAUCCGUCCACAUCGACGGUGAAGAGGUAGACGCUCUCCGCUCCACGGCAAAGAAGCUCAAUGUACUGCUUAGCGUCGGCAUUUCUGAAAAGGCUCGCUACAGCAGCGCGACGCUUUUUAAUACUAACAUCAUCAUCGGUACUGACGGAGAGAUCCUAGUCCAUCACCGAAAACUCAUGCCAACGUUUUUCGAAAAGUUGACGUGGGCGCCCGGAGAUGGCUACGGCCUGCGCGUCGCAGAGACGCGAUUCGGGAAGAUUGGGAAUCUCAUUUGCGGGGAGAACACAAACCCGCUUGCGAGGUAUGCGCUCAUGGCGCAGGGAGAGCAGAUUCACAUCUCCACAUGGCCUGCGAUAUGGCCGACGAGAGUUCCGAAAUCCAAGGAGACAAGCUCUCGAGUGGGAUCAAGCGUGGCUAAAUGGGCCAACUACGACAAUGUUGCUGCCAACAGGACGAGGGCGGCUGCACACUGCUUUGAGGCUAAAAGCUUUGGUGUUCUCUGCUCAGGAGUCCUGGGCGAGGAUGCAAUUGAGUCUGUCUCUUCGGGGGCGAGACAAGAAGACGUGGUCUCCCAGGCGCUGAGAGAUUCGCCACGGGGCGCGACCAUGUUCUUGGACUCAACAGGCGCAUUAUUGCCGGGGUUUACAAUUGAAGAAGGAACUCUCCGAGAAACCCCGUCAGAAUUCUUGCAACACGAAGAAGGCAUCUUGUAUGCAGACUUAGAUGUUGGGGAUUGUGUUGAGGGAAAGCAGUACCACGAUGUGGUUGGCGGGUAUCAACGCCUAGACGUGUUUGAUCUGAAGGUUGACCGUAGACGGCGGGAACCGGCUCUAUUCAGGGGAGACAAUCUCAAAUUGAAAGGAGAAAUAGAUGCUCUUGAAGAGGAUUGA